AUGAGACAAGCUGGUGCAUAUUCAGGGUUACUAUGUGGUGGCAUAUCAGGAAGGACAGGGCCUCAUUCUCUUCCCUUAGCAAGGAUCAAGAAGAUCAUGAAGAAAUCUGGGGAGGAUGUGAAAAUGAUAUCAGGGGAAGCUCCCAUUGUUUUCUCAAAGGCUUGUGAACUCUUCAUUGAGGAGCUUACAAGAAGGUCUUGGAUCAUGGUCAUCCAAGGCAAAAGGAGAACCUUGCACAAAGAGGAUGUGGCCUCUGCUGUUAUGACCACUGAUAUCUUUGACUUUUUGAUCACUUUGGUUUCUAAUUCUGGAAAACCUGUAGUUGGUGCUGCGGCCACUGUCAUGGAAAAUGAAACUUUGGAAUAA